CUGCAUUUACUGCCUCUCGCUAGUUUUUGUUCGGCAUUCAGAGAAGACGGAUCACAAAAAAAGAAAAAAUGAAUUCACGUAAAUUGUUGAAAACAACAUUCCAAAACAAAAAAGAAAUAGUUUCAGUGGUUUUUGAUGGAAUCAAUGACUACGAUCUGUUUAUAAAUAAAGUAAAGGAAACAUAUAAUAUUCCAUCAACUGAAGAAGUUCAAAUUUUUAACAAGAAAUUUUUAAUAAAACCAAACAUAUUCACCGAUUUGGUGGAACAGUAUCUAUCGUCAACGGAUUUUAUAUUGGACGUAAAUUUAAUAAACGAUAAUUCUUCUUAUUCCACCUCGGAUUCGAAUGAUGAAUUGGAAUCACAGGCUUCCAGUUCACAAAAUAUAAUAUUUGGAAGUACACAGCCUCAGGUUAUCAGAACUUUAACAUGUAUAACCGAUGAUAUUUUUAACCAAAGCCAGGGGAAUAUUUUUAUUGACAAAAAUGCUUAUCCUUCUGUUCCAUCAACGGAGGAAAUAAAAGAAUAUCCUGAAAUUAAGCAAUUAUUGCAAUGUAAUAGUCUGCAAAAUAAGGAUAGAACAAUUAUAGCAAAGAGUAUAGUGUCAAAUUUCCUGAGCCAAAAUGUGAAUAGACGUUUGUAUAAAGAUGAUUUGUUACAACUUUCCCGAUCAAUAAUAGAAGUAUUUCCAUCGGAAGUUGGAGAAACUUAUUACGUACUCUUAACAAAGGGUAAAUUGUUUGACGCAUACAAUAAUAAGAGAACACAAUUAAGUGCAGCAGGACUGAUAAAUAGACGUGAAAACUUGAAAAAGAAAUCAAAUCAUACGCAAUUGUCGGAAGAUCACGAAACUGGCAUAUCAGCAGAUGAAUUGAAAAUUCUUGAAACAACGAAUGUAGAUUGGAACAAAACAAGAGAACUUUGGAUUAAAUCUCAUUCCUAUCGACAAAACGAAUUACAAAAUAACGAGUUGAGUACUAUUGACUAUAUACAAAAAUACAACAUUCAUCUUAAUGAGAACUUUCAUGAAUUGCUUCAAAUUGAUUUCAAAAUACUGUACCCAAAUUCCAAAAGCAUUUACCAAUGGAAACAAUUCUAUGAAAAACUAAUAUUGAAAGCCGAACAAUCAAAAGAGAAUAGCGUUUUACAAAUUUUAGCGAAUAUCGACAGAACUGAGGACGAAGAUUGCAAAAUUGCUCUUUCGUUGAUGAUUAUUCCAUUUAUUCUACCACACUACAGGAAGAACACCAAGUUAGAAUCGCUGGAAUCAUUCAUUUAUUACUGCAAGAAUAUUCAAGUGGCAGAUGACGAAACAAGAAACCGAAUAAAACGACUAAAAAAGGAUACUCAACCCAAAAUUUAUUUUGUUGGCGAUACGACAAAACCAAUUUCCAUUGCAUACGUGGAUAUAUGUGGAAAUCGUUUGAAAUUUGAAAAUCCUUUAAAAGCUGUUGAAGCCUGCUUUUACUCUUUUAUGAGUAUGAAUAUUAAAUACCCAACUGCAUGCCUACACGUAUGGACAUUUAUACAAUAUAUUAUUUAUGAAAUUAACACUCCAUGGGAUACGACAAUACCUGCUGUAAGUACCUUAAUCAAUGAACUUCGUAUGGAAAAUCUGGAAUAGAUUUGUUUGUUA